AUGGAUUGGCAGGCAGAGUGGGCCCUUUACCAUUUGGCUCGCUUGGAUGAGCACUUUGCAGAGCGGCUGGGGAUUGCUGAGGAAACUGAAGGAAACCUGGAGCCGCCCACGGAUUGGGCCCUGGAGCUUCGCACAGCACUGCAUGUGGAAGGGGAGUUGUUGCACUUGGACAAGGGCCUUCUUCGGUUUCUUCUCCGCGAUCUCCUUUACCGCGAUGAACACGUCUGUGACCUGGGCGCCUUUGCUGGUCACUAUUCCCUUUGGCUCAACGACACCGGCCUCGUCACCUCCUUCGCCUUUGACGCCGUGACCGCCGUGACCGCCAGCGUGCGGCCCAUGGACUUGACCGAGGAGGGUGCCGCCGCAGAGCUGCCGAUCCGAUGUGCUGUGGUGCUGUGCUUGGAAGUCUUGGAACAUAUCCCCAGACAUCAGGAGGAGGUGGCUCUCAAGAACCUGGGCCGUUUGGCAGGGCGUGCGCUGGUGUUGUCCUGGGCGCCGCCCCACAUCCCGGGGCCCGGCCACAUCAACCAACGCCCCACGCUGGACGCGUGGGCGCGGGUCGAGGAGGUCACCGGGCUUCAGCGGAGCCACGAACUCACUGAAGAAGCUCAGGCCCGCAGCGAGAUCCCUUGGAUCCGCGAGUCCGUGGCGAUCUUCUUCCGAGUCCCGGGUGCCACGUGCUUGGUGUACCUCGGCGAUGCCGCGCUCGCACAGAUGGCGGUGCAAGUGUUGCAGGGAUAUUCCUUGCGACGGCACAGUCUGAAUUUCAUGGCUGCCGCAGUGCCACAGGGCAGUGGCACCAUCUUCGUCGGGAACCUCCCGUCAGAGGCAGACGAGCUCUCCUUGCAUGAGCUCUUUUCCAGUCAAGCGGCUGUGGCCGACAUCCGCCUGGUGAGGCAUGAGACUGUGUGUUUCGGGUUUGUCGACUUCAAGACCCACCACGAUGCCAUGAAGGCCUUGGAGGAAUUGCAAGGGGUGAAGUACUUGGGGAGGGCAUUGCGCUUAGAUGAGCAACAAGUGCGGCCCAACUUCACUCCGGUGCUCAGCCGUUGCCCCCCAGCGCGCGAGCGCGGGGAGACCAAGCUGAAGCGCCAUGGCCCGGACGCACGCAAGCUCUUUGUUGGUGGGAUCAGUCCUGAGAUCAAGGAGGAGGAGGUGCAGCAAAGCUUGGAAGCUUUGAAGGGCGCCACUGAGGUGUCAAUCCAUCAGAACAAGAACAAACUGGGCAGCUAUGCCUUUGUGUGGUUCAGCACUCCAGAAUUGGCAGAAGAAGCCAUGCAGAAACGCCUUGUGGUGUGUGCGGGGCAGAAGUUUCAUUUGGAGCGGACCAUGAAGAAAAAAAGAGGAACCGCGGACAGAUCUCAUGGUGUGUGGUUUGCCAGAGGACGCCCAGCCGCAGGAGCUGCAGGAGGUCUUCGACUCAGUGGCAAACGUGGUUGA